UUGUAUGUGUUGUUGUGGAGGAGGAAAAGGGAAAAGCAACAGAAGGAAAAGGGAAAAGGAAGUGUGGUCAGCAGGGCCGAGGGGAGAGACGAGGGGGGAGUCAGUGUGAGUCAAGGCGUGUGCUGAUUCUUUAAUGUUAACACAGAGCUGCCAUGGAGUCUUCUAGACUGGUACUCCACUCUACUGACAGUAGGUUAACUGCUGUCAUUGUCCGUGGCUUUAAAUGUCCUCUGCCAUGGCAAAGCGUGAGGCUGGGAGCACCAGCCCUGUGGUGCGUCAGAUAGACAAGCAGUUUCUGGUCUGCAGCAUCUGUCUGGAUCACUACCGCAACCCCAAGGUUCUGCCCUGUCUGCACACCUUCUGUGAAAGUUGUCUGCAGAACUACAUUCCCCCAGAGUCUCUGACGCUCUCGUGUCCAGUGUGUCGGCAGACGUCCAUCCUGCCAGAGAAAGGUGUUUGUGCUCUACAGAACAACUUCUUCAUCACUAAUCUCAUGGAGGUCCUUCAACGAGACCCAGAGUGCUCGCGGCCGGAGGCCUGCAGUGUCCUGGAGUCAGUCAGCGCUGCUGCAGGGAAGCCACUCAGCUGCCCAAACCACGAGGGAAAGGUGAUGGAGUUCUACUGCGAGUCAUGUGAGACAGCUAUGUGUCUGGACUGUACAGAGGGCGAGCACAGGGAGCAUGUUACUGUUCCUCUGCGGGACGUCGUGGAACAGCACAAGGCUGCGUUGAAGACACAGCUGGAUGACAUACUGAGCAGGCUCCCUCAACUAACAGCAUCCAUCGAGCUUGUGAGUGAGAUCUCCCGCCAGCUGAAUGAAAGGAAGAACGAGGCGGUGGCAGAGAUUACCAGUACGUUUGAAGAGCUGGAACGGGCGCUGCAUCAGCGCAAGACGGCCCUCAUCACAGACCUGGAGAACAUCUGCAGCACUAAACAGAAGGUCCUUCAGGCCCAGCUUUCAUCUCUCCUCCAAGGGAAGGACCACAUCCAGAGCAGUUGCAACUUCACAGAGCAGGCUCUCAGCCAUGGGAGUGCGACUGAGGUGCUGCUAGUUCAGAAGCAGAUGAGUGAGCGGGUAACAGCACUGGCCAGACACGACUUCCCAGAGAAACCACAUCAGAAUGCACAUCUGGAUUGUCAGGUGGAGACUGAAGGUCUGCGGCGCUCCAUCCAGAACCUGGGAGUUCUCCUUACCACAGCCGCUGUGGCUAACACCUCCGUCGCCACAGGUGAGGGCCUCCGCCAUGCAGCGACUGGGCAGCACCACACAAUUACUGUGACAACAAAAGACAAGGAUGGGGAGUUGGUGCGGACAGGAAACGCUGUUUUAAAGGCAGAGAUAACAUCUGCUGACGGGAGCCGCAUUACAGAGGCAGAGAUAGCGGACAAUAAGAAUGGAACAUACGAGGUGGGCUACACAUUACGCUUAGAGGGAGAGUACUCUUUUGCACUGUUGCUGUACGGCCUGCCGAUACGCGGCAGCCCGUUCCGCCUGCGGGUGAUCAAGCCCUCAGAUGUGCCACAAUCUCCAGAUGAUGUGAAGAGGAGGGUGAAGUCUCCCAGCGGGACGGGGGGCCACAUACGGCAGAAAGCAGUGCGUCGGCCUUCCAGCAUGUACAGCACCACCAAGAAAAAGGAGAAUCCCAUUGAGGAUGAGCUCAUCUACAGAGUGGGUUCCCGGGGCAGAGAAAAAGGGGAGUUCACAAAUCUGCAGGGAAUCUCAGCCUCUUGUAACGGCAGAGUGGUGGUGGCUGACAGCAACAACCAGUGCAUACAGGUGUUCUCCAAUGAAGGCCAGUUCAAGAUGCGCUUUGGGGUCAGAGGUCGUUCUCCGGGGCAACUGCAGAGACCAACAGGCGUCACUGUGGACAUGAACGGUGACAUUGUGGUGGCCGACUAUGACAAUCGAUGGGUCAGCAUCUUCUCCUCUGACGGCAAAUUUAAGAAUAAGAUCGGUGCGGGCCGGCUCAUGGGUCCUAAGGGUGUGGCUGUGGACAAGAAUGGACACAUCAUCACUGUGGACAACAAGGCAUGCUGUGUCUUUAUCUUUCAGUCGAAUGGGAAGUUGGUGACUAAGUUUGGAGGCAGGGGGACGUCUGACAGACAGUUUGCAGAAAAACUUGGCCCAAACUUUAAUAAAUCUGGCUCAGUUUUCAGUCCGCACUUUGUUGCAGUAAACAACAAGAAUGAAAUUAUUGUGACCGAUUUUCACAAUCACUCUGUAAAGGUGUACAGUGCGGAUGGAGAGUUCUUGUUCAAAUUCGGCUCUCAUGGUGAAGGCAAUGGCCAGUUCAACGCUCCCACUGGUGUGGCUGUGGACGCCAAUGGAAACAUCAUUGUAGCUGACUGGGGAAACAGCAGAAUACAGGUGUUUGACAGCACAGGCUCCUUCUUGUCUUAUAUCAACACCUCAGCAGACCCGCUGUACGGGCCCCAGGGUCUCGCGCUCACCUCAGAUGGACAUGUGGCUGUUGCAGACUCUGGAAACCACUGCUUUAAGGUUUACAGAUACCUGCAGUAGGCUCAGGGGAGAUAUCCAGACCCUGCUUAGACGAGUUAACGUCACAUAGUGCUUGUGGGAAUAGAGCUGCAACAUGCCUGAACACUUUACAGUAGUCCCAGCUUCCAAAAAUAAAUGUCCUUUUCAUUUCGUCUGUACAUACUUUAGAAAAUCUAAAAUUCCUAAGACAAAGAAAUCUGAUUCAUUUUUACAUGAAAAACACCCAACAUUCAACUGUAGUACAAAUAAGUUAGUUAUUACAAAAGAUAUUUCAAGAAGUGACAAUAAUUUCCUCUCUGGGGAAAAAAUAAAUCUCAAGAGACUAUCCUGGUGAAAUAAAGGUAAAACAAUUGUGAAAUUUCACAUCCCAUAAUUAGAUAUGUCUCUCUCUGAUCAGUGUCUAUUUGAGUGUGUUUAAUUAACCACAUCCCCUGAUGGAAAAAUGAACUGGAAAUAAUGUUCAGGCGUUGCAGCUGUAUUUCUCUUGUAAGUGUGACCUUACCAGUAGCCUGCCAGUCUGAAGUUGGUGAUACACUGCAAUUCUUUUGGGCAAUACAGAUGGGCAACACUCUCAGCAACCAGCAAACAAAGCGAGACACGGAAGCAGAAGUUUUCCUGUUUCCUGAUGAUGCUUUGUGAUUGAAAUAACAAUGCUCAGGCCUUUCCUUGAACACUGUUGCAUGUCGGUGUGCUCCAAAAAAAACAAAACGACCCCUUCGUCACUGCCUUCAAUUUCUCAUCAGUAAACACAACAUGCAGACAAGAAUGUGUAAAAGGACUUUUUUCUUAUUCUCAUUUUUGCAUCAUAUCCCUCUGACAAGAUCGCUGCAAAUGGAUAUUCAGUAGAUUUUUGUUUUCUUUUGAGUUAUGAGAUGAGUUGACCUAUAUGCACGUUCUUUUUGUUUUGGUACCCAAAGACAAGCAGCAAGAAGCACAACAGUUGAGAUAACGACAAGGUUUUUGAACACAACAUGAGCUAGUCUUCUUCUUCUUCUAUUAACCAAAACAAACUUCUUAUAUGUGACCCCACUAGUACUUGCACUUUUGUGUAUUCAUAUCUGCAACCUAAUGUAGUUGUAUAUACGGUAUGCAUAUUUAAGUGUACAUAUGGAUUUCAUGUCCAUGUUAUUUCACUAUUUAGCCUACUGAUUACAGCACUCGAUGAAUCAACACUGGAACGUUAUACUAAUACAGUCGGUCAUGCAUAGUAGUAGCCAACUGAAUGACUUGCAAACACUAAUGGAACAAAGUUGUUUACACAUUGUUUGCUGUAUUUAUUUUUCAAAGGACUUAAUUUAUUUUUUCUUUUCUUUUUCUACAUAAUUUGUUCUACAAAUUAUUUUUCUAAUUGGUGCAUUUGAAGUGUCUCCUCUUUGCCAAACAUUUUCGUACAUAGGCCUUGUAACUUGUAGCACUGAAAGCCGUUCUCUAUUUGGCCUCUUCCCAGAGCUCACAUCCAGUUAAACAGUAACUUUUCCUUCUGCCAAAACGUAUCGUAAGUCGUUGUUGAACAUUGCACAAAAUACAAAUAUUAUAAGAGUUAUAUAGUUUGCAAGAGUAAUAUAUGCCUCAGUGUAUAGUUAUCAUUUAACAUAAUCAGAACGUGUUCUGUAUAUUACAAUCACAUCCUUGUUGUAGCUGACAAGCACCUUUAUCAUGGAUUCUUUCCAGUAUUUGUAUUCAUUUGCUUGGUUGUUUAGUGUUUAGGUUUUCUGUGUGGCUCCUCGAGAAACACAACACCAGCUAAAAGCAGAAAGUUUUCACCUGUAUUUUAUGAAUAAACGGUCUAUACGGUCCGGUAAUUGAUCUGUAAUCCAUUCCGUCUUUCCAUCUGCAUUUCCUAUUUAAUGGAAAACUCUCCGUAAUAACAGAUUCAUUUGACUGUUCUCCUCCAUAAAUCAAACCCCUGUGCUCCUAUGGUUUUAUGCUAGUCUAUUUCUCACCUGUAACCGACACUGACCACACACAUGUCUCUGAAAUAAAGGAAGCACACAUACUGUAUAAAUGAAACAGUACAUCAACCAUCUUGUGUAGCCUACUGUAUACUACAAGAGGCCAGACUUACAAGUAAUCACUGCAUUUAUGUAAUCAUGGCAAAGGUAUGAUUGUAAAUAUUAAAAAAUUACACCUAU